CGAACGAAGAGAGAAAACGGGCCGACACAGUCGUGCGGAGGCCAAGAACCGCGUCGGAUCGUGAACACCGUACUCGUGAAAUUGUCAGGAAACACGUGACACGUUUACUGAAUAUCUCCUGACUAAACUCAAACGAUUCGUGAAAGAGAUUCUGAUCAAAAGAAAGAGAGAGAGAGAGAGAGGGAUCUACUUUCGCUGAUCGAAACAUUGCACGCGCGUUCUUUAAACGAUAUUCCUAAGAAAGAUGUACUUUAUCUUCAUCAUUCAAAUCACAAUUUUACAUUUGGGUCAACGUUUAUUGUGAACAACGAAUAAUCUAAUUUUAAAUUAAGAAAGAGAAAGAUAAAGAGAUAGAUAGAUAGAACAAUUCAUUGAAUAUUAAAUUAAUUAAACGCGUGAAAGGAUCGUGAGACUAAAGGAUAAUACAAAAGUACGAGAGUGACGAGUGCACGGAGCAUGACGUCAAAUGCAAUUAGGGGUAUUCGAAGGAAAAAGAGUUCGCUGUGCGAAGUAAAGGUAGCCGUUAUCGGUGCGCCAGGGGUUGGAAAAAGUGCGUUGACAGUGAGGUUUUUAACGAGGCGAUAUAUCGGAGAAUACGAUCAUCAAUCUGAAAACAGAUACAAACACGAAGUGCUCGUUGAUGGGGAACCAAUUCUUUUCGAAAUUUUGGACUCCUGUCCGAAGAGCGACGAUGAAAUGCCGUCGAUGGAAACUUUGCAGUGGGCGGAUGGUUUACUCUUAGUUUAUUCGAUAACUGAUCGUGGUUCUUUCAAUUUCGUGAGAAAAGCAAAAGAAGCAUUAGCGGUAGCCGAUCCAGAAGCUGCCAUGCCACUCGCUAUGGUUGGAAACAAAGCUGACAUGGUUCAUCUAAGACAGGUCAGUGCGGAAGAGGGGGAAAUCUUGGCUAAAGAUUUUGAAUGUUGGUUCAGCGAAGUUAGCGCGGCAGAACAGGUUGUCCAAGUAGCCGAAUCGUUUCACGAAUUGUGUCGUGAAGUUCUUGCUGCCAGAAGAAGAAAUAAACAAUCGUUGCUCGACAGAAUGCUUGGUAGCAAAGCUACGAGAACAUAUUCCAGGGGUAAAAGCGAUUCCGCUUUACCCAAGGAUUGAUUAAUUAAUUAAUUAUUUUGAUUUAAUUAAUAAGAUAGGAUUUUUUAUUGACUGUGCAGAACUGAGUAAGAUAGAAAGAGAAAGAGAAAGAAGAAAGAGCAAGAGAAAGGAAGAAAGAGUGAAAAAGACUAGAAGAGAUUUCAGUAGACUCGUUUUAAACGAGUUGAUAAAAAAAAAAUCAGGCGCCAAAGAUUGUAUCAUACUGUUAAUAUUUUAUAUCAAAUAACAUGUACAGCUAUAACGUGCGACUAAUUUUAAUAACGUACUUUUGUUAAGAAAAAAAUUGAUCUUUUUUUAAUGAAUAACAAUUAUCUAAAUUCGUUUUAUUUCUU